AUGGCGCACUCAUGCUUGGCUGGAAGACCUCGCACCGCGCUGGAGUUGUAUGCAGCUUCAGUGCAGAAGAACGCGCAUGACGAGGCCUUCAGUGCGCCUGGCUUUUUUCCGAUGUAUACAGUUCCGCUGGAUGCGCUCAUGCGCAUGAGCAAAGUCCGACCCCUCGAACAACUCAAGGCAGAAGGCAUCAUCGUCGUGUUUGAUGAGCGUUUGGGCAAGGCGAUUUUCAUAUCCCAUCAGUGGCGGGGCCGGGACCAUCCAGAUCCAGACGGUCGGCAGCUCCACGUCCUCCAGGUGGCUUUUAAGAACCUCCUAUCUGGUGCAUCGAGCAUCUCCACACCAAUCAUCACCGAAAUCGUGUUUGGCUCCGUAGUUGCCCCGUCGGCAACUGAACUGCGGGACACACCUCUGUUUGUUUGGUAUGACUACUGCAGCUGUCCACAGGAGUGCUGUGACGGAGAGAAUUGCGACCAAAUGCGCGCGAUUAAUAGCAUCCCUUCCUAUGUCGCUAGAUGCGCGUAUUUCGUGAUCCUAUGUCCUGCACAAGAGGAUGAGUCGAAGCAGAUACUAAGUGCCAAGACUUAUACCGAGCGGGCUUGGUGUCGCGCAGAGCGCGUAGCCCGCGAAUUGGCCUGCAGCAGUGGAGUCACCUUUGCGGUGGAGAGCCCGACUCAUCAGACUCUUGUGAACCAACAGCUGGGUUUCCUACUCCCUCCUGGCGAAGGCCAGUUGACUGUGGAUGCGGACCGGCAGAAGUUGGCCAGCAUCAUGGUGCAGCUAGUUUGGAACAAGCUUUCGCACUGCUUGGCACAAGGUGACUUGCACAUGUACCGCCUCAUCCUGAAUCAGCAAGAAGGGCGCCUACAGGGUCUGGACACCGACCCCAUUGAUCUUGCUAUACCAGGUUUCGAACCGAAGGUGAAUCCGGAUGAGGACCCGGAAGAGUUUAUGCUUUCAAACUUUAUGCACCAGAAUGGCUUCGAGUACAUUUCCCAGAGGGACAACGCAGGGUGGACCCCCCUGUGCUAUGCAGCCAUGAAUGGCAGCGCCCUCAUCGUCUCCGCGCUUCUUAAGCGCAAAGCUGAUCCGAACGACAAAAUCACAAAGAAGGAUCCGCAAGCUUUCGUUCAGAAGAACACUUCCGUCGUUAGCCUCUGUGCUUGGUACAACCGGAAUGAAGCUCUGAAGCUACUGCUGGCAGCACGUGCUCAUCCUGAUGCACAGUCUGCGCUAAAGCAAACGGCUCUAGAGUGGGCCUGCUGUGGCAACAACGUCGAGGGAAUUGCCUUGCUUCUAGACGCCGGAGCAGAUCACACCAUCCAGAACGUCAUGGGAUGCACUCCGUUUCAGGCCGGUUGCUGCAUGGGAUCCGUGAAGUCCAUGGAGGCCAUGCUGCGUCUCGCUCCGGGUCAGAAGCUGGAGCACAGCCUCCACUUUAGCCUUCUCUUGGGAGAGGGAUCGAGUCAGGCCAUUUCCAUGUUGUUGCAGGGUCGUGCAGAUGUGAAUGAAAAAUGUGACUUCUUUCGGACGAAGACCUAUGGCUGGUGGACCCUGCUCAGAGCUCUCAGCUUGGCACACAGCAUGGGGUUCUCGUCCAAGCUGCGGAAGCUGGCAUUCCACCACCGUGGCGCCACCCCCUUGAUGUUCAGUAUAUUGGCCGGCACCUUCGACGCAACACAUGCCCUGCUCCAGGCCGGAGCCAACACAGACCUCAGCAACUGCCAUGGGAAGCUGCCCUUGGACCUUGCGGAGGAGCUGGGGGCUGGUCCAGAAUUGCUGAAGGCUCUUCGACCCGCCUCAGGCGCACCAAAGCUCCGAGGCCAUAGCUGCUCAAAGCUUGAGGAUUUGAACUUCGGCCGCAUCGAACAUUUGCACAGACCGUCGCAAGGUGCAUUAAAGAGCGUGCAAGACCUGCAAGGGAUCAGCCUUCCGAGCUGGUCGGAAAAGCAGUGGACGGGUGCCGUCUCACGAGGUCGGGACCGGUCCCUCCUGGAGUUCUCAAAGGAUCGCGCACCUUCGCAGAUGGCCGGCCUUGUGACCUACUUGGGUGCCAACGCCAACGGGACGAACUCCUUCGUCUGCAGGUUCGAGGUGUCGUCUGGCAUCCAGGACAUUGUUCCCUGGAGCGAGCAGGCAAUUGAUCUGGGACGUGCCAAACGCCACGAUUCCCUCAGGCCUCCACUGAAGCGGCGAUGGCAUCUCCUCCGCUGCAAGCCUACCCGCAUUUGCUGCCGCCGUCUCCACUGCCUGGGAUGCGCUCGCCGUCGCCUUCUCAUCGGGUCGUGGCGCCGCCGCAGGCGUGUCAGAUCCCCAGAAGCACUCGGGUUCUGUGCGCCGCCGCUCUGGGUAGCAGGAGUUCAAGGCCGUCUGGCGUUCAAUUGUCGGAUUGCCCAUUCGGUUCUUGUGCAAGUAUACUUGGUCGGCCACCAGCACGAAGACAAGAGCGCUUCGAAGCCAUAUUCCCCAGCUCCUCCACUCCCAACAAACGAAGCAGAAGCGCUUCCAGGUGGCGGGCUACCGAAUCUCGCCGCACCGACUCACGGUGUUCGGCUCAGCUGGGGCUCUGGUCUUCCGCUUUAUGACUUCUUUGAAGCUCUUCUACAAUGCCCCAAAGCCCUAUUCCAGCUGUUUCAGGCCUUGUAUGGUGUUGGUGUUGGCCUUUCUCCGGCUGACUGCAGCCGGAGCUGA